CAGUAGAAGAAGGAGAAGCCCCUCCCUGUUUGUCCGAUGUGAACACUAUGGAUUAAGGGCGUUCUUGAACUGCUUCACAGACCCGGGGUGCUCCAGAGAGUCUGAACACCUGCUGGACGGAGCCCCGCCCACCGUGAUCUGGCGAAGCAAAGGUCCACCUCCUCCUCUUCCUCGUUGCCUCGUUCUGCAGGACCGUUUCCAUGGAAACGCCAGCCUCCGUUUGGCCAGAGGACCCCAGUGACCCCAUGGAGCGGAGGGGACCGCCGUGUGUUUGGGACAGUUCGCCCCCUGCUGGUUGGACGUGGGAGCAGCAGUUCUCUCCUCACCUGCAGAGGAACAAGCAGCUGCAGGACGCUCUACUGCAGAGGGAGGAGGAGCUGGCCCGCCUCCAGGAGGAGAACAGCAAACUCAGGGAGUUCCUCAGCUCCUCCUUUGUGAGGAACCUGCAGGAGAAAGCUGAGAAACUGGGCGUGGCCAGCCAUGCGGCGCUGAAGAGAACUCAGAUGACCAGGGAUGGCGAAACCCCCCCAUUCUCCACCCAUCGCCUCCUGAACGCCAAGAAGGUCAGCAAGAGAGUCUGCAGGAACCUCACAGCUGAGUUCUGCUCAGAGACUCCGGAGUCCCCCUCAGAACCGAACCUGGACCAGUGGGUUCUGCGGACGUUGGGCCUGAAGGACCGUGACACCAUCGACACGUCCAGCCCAUUCGUUCUAGACUUCAGUGACUGGGAGGAGGAUUCCUCCUCCGGCUCCACCUUUGACUCGCCCAUCUCCACGGCGACGCCAUCCUCGGUCCACAGCUGCUGCCGAGGAGGUGCAUCCGAACCGGACCACGGGUUCUCUGCUGCAGAUCCAGACACUUUGGAAAACUGCACCGGAUCAGCAGGGAUUGGCCCCCUCCUAAACCUGACUGUUCAUGAGGGAUCCCAUGAAACCAGGAUCAGGAACUUCAACUUCUGGACUUCCUUCCACACAGACGGACUGGACCUUCAUUCCAUGACUGCCUCAAGCUCGGUCCGAUCUCCAGACCGGAAUGCCGCAGAGCCACCGUUCUGGUCUCGACCUCCUCACAGGUGGACUCCACCAGAACAACCCCUGCCACCUCCUUUCCUGACUUCAACUCCCACCUCCAACCAACCCCGGCUGUCCGCUGGUUCCUGGAACCCAACGAGUCCAUCGGUCCCGCCUGAAGUCCAGACCCCUCGCAGAUGCACAGACGUGGCCUUCAGCAUGCUCCUCUGCCCAUCCAGCAGCGUCAAGACCCACAGCUUCCCCCAGGGCCAGGCCUUCGUCAGGAGGGACACCGGGGGGCGCUGUAACUUCACCUGGGUGCCCAGAUAACAACCGUCGAAUACCAAGGAGAACAAGCUGCUCCUCAAAGAAGAAACGAGUCUCGCUGCUACGCUGGACUCUGGAGUAGCGUGGAGCCAUAUUCAAAUCCAAGACAAUCAAAGCCUCACCAGAACUUUGGAAAACACCUGAACAGGAAGCAGAAGUCCCUGAACUCAUCUGGAACCUCUGAUGAUCUAGAGAACAUUGGCAUUCCUCGGGAUCUCAGAAAGUCUGAGGAAGCACCAACCGAGCUCCACCCUGGAGGUGUUUGAUCCCUGGAUCACCAUCAGCUUUGUGAGAAGGUCCUGCAGAUCCUGUGGACUCAUCCAUGAUUCCAGUCAAACAUGAACUUAGACCUUGACCACACAAACAUCCUGCAGGUCUGAGGUCUGCAAGGACAAGUUUGACCCAAAACAGAAAAGAGAAGACAAGGAUCUGAGAAGACCUGAUCUUCCAAUGAUCACCUAGUUCAGAAAGUGUAUUCUUUAGUCCUCUGAGGUCAAACCGGAUUUAGAAGCUCAUGGAGACUUUAGAGUCCACAUCAUUAGCUCUCCACCGCCGUGCUUUAUAAAGAACUGGAUGUUUGUUUGGAGGUAGUUCUUCUUCUUCUUCAUUUUUUCUUCUGAACAAACGGAGCUGAACCUUCUGAGAUCUUCAUGUCUGGAAAAGUCUGAAAGACUUUCCUCCUGGUUCGGUUUUUCCUUCAGAACGAGGACAUGGUUUUGGUGACUUCUCACACUGAUGUGGAGCGGCAUGAUGGUCCUGGAGAUGUUUCUCUUCCUUUAUCAGUCAGUUGUUGUCAUCCUGAUCAGCUGUAAGAACCAGAACUUUCAACUUUGUUGUAAAAAACGGUUUUAACUUGAAUGUCCUGUGAC